CUCCUCACAGUCCGCUCUCCUGCCGGCCCGACCUCCGCCUUGCCCCGCACGGACACCCACUCAUCCGACCCCGCCAACCGCUGGGACGCACGACGGGGGGAGAAUCUAGCUGGGUCAGGACGAGACGGAGAGACGGAGAAGCGUUGGAUGGGGGGGCAUUAACAGCCGCUCGCGUUACUGCAGCAUCUAACACACUGGCCAUCGUAGCUACUUUUUCUAUUUACCUCACAUUAAUUUAACACGUGUCUUCACAAAAAAAACAAGUUUGGAGUCGGACGAGAGAUUUGAGAACCAGGCCGAAAACGAAAAGCAAACUGCGCCUUCUGAGCUCAAGCAACGGGCUGGGCACGCUUCACGGGACCGUUAGGUGUUUAGCUAGCUAGCUAGGUCCCCGUGGACUCCGUGGAAGAAGGCACGCUCAUCUUUUUUAGUAAAAAGCCACAGCUUGGUCGUCACCGCGAGGGAAAAAUACCAAAAAUGCUGUCGGUGCUAAGUGAGUGGUUCUGGCAGGAGCGGCUGUGGUUUCCAAAGGGCCUGGGCUGGGCCGACUUAGAGGACCGGGAUGGACGAGUAUAUGCUAAAGCCCGCGACUUGUGGGUUGCGCUUCCCUUUGCCCUUGUAUUCCUCAUUAUCCGUCAGAUCUUUGAAAGGGUGGUGGCUACACCUUUGGCAUCUCUACUCGGGGUUAAAGAGACAGUACGGCUCAAAGCCUCUCACAACCCCACACUGGAGUCCUACUACUGUAACAAUACCAAAAACCCCACACAGACUUCAAUAACGAGUCUUUGUGAGCAAACUGGCUAUUCAGAGAGACAGGUGCAGCGAUGGUUCAGGCGACGAAGGAAUCAGGAUAGGCCAAGUUUGCUCAAAAAAUUUCGAGAGGCCAGUUGGAGAUUUACCUUUUACCUUCUUGCUUUCAUUGCUGGCCUGGGCGCCCUCAUCGAUAAACCUUGGCUGUAUGACCUGAAGGAGAUGUGGGAAGGCUUUCCUGUACUGACUAUCCUGCCAUCUCAGUAUUGGUACUACAUGAUUGAGCUGGGUUUCUAUGGUUCUCUGCUCUUCAGUGUGGCAUCUGAUGUCAAACGCAAAGACUUUAGGGAGCAGAUUGUGCAUCAUGUAGCGACCAUCCUGCUCAUCAGCUUCUCCUGGUGUGUUAACUAUAUUCGUGCUGGAACUCUCAUCAUGCUGGUGCAUGACUCCUCUGAUUACCUCCUUGAGUCUGCGAAGAUGUUCAACUACGCUGGGUGGCGAAACGCCUGUAACUACAUUUUUAUUGUAUUUGCUGCAGUGUUCAUCGUCACUCGUCUAGUCAUCUUUCCCUUCUGGAUUAUUUACUGUACGUGGGUCUAUCCAGUCACCAUCUAUGAACCUUUCUUUGGCUAUUACUUCUUUAAUGGACUUUUGAUGACACUCCAGUGUCUACAUAUCUUCUGGGCUAUCCUGAUCAUUCGCAUUGCACUCCGCUUCCUCACCAAUAAUGAGAAAGUGGACGAUGACAGGAGUGACAAGGAUGAAACAGAUGAGUCCGAAGAAAAGGAAGACGAGGAGACAGAGGAUAAAAAGGAGAUGAGGAAAAAUGGACCGGUGCUGAAUGGUCACACAGUCCACAACAACAACCACAGCAAGACAGAGUGAAAGCAAACAAGUGUGUGGCCAAAGGAAUGUCAGAAAGACUCAUGUCCCUCAGCAGGAGACCCGGAGAGAGGGAUGUAAAGUGAGAGAAAGAAGAAAGGAUGUGAGUUGGGAAGGUGUUAGGACCCAAUUCCCUUGAACGAAGAACAGCAGUUAUCCUGAAGAAAAUUGAAAUUGUUCAUUUUGUACAACACACUCGCUCACAUUCAUUCAUACUUUAGAGGGCACAGAAGUCCAGCAGACUAUAUACACUACAAUAAAUAGCAUAGCCUGUGUGAGAAGUAAUGUGUAAUGUCCCAAAUUUUCAAAAGUUACAGGGAAGAAAAUGGAGAGGAGCACUGUGUGAAGAGAACACAGGAGGGAGCUCCUACUUUAGCUUUCUUGUUCUAACUGUGUGCCUUAGAGCCAAGCAAUGGCUGCUUUAAUCUUCCUUUGCUUUAUUUCAUUUUACCUUUGUAUUGUCUAAAUACAAAAACAAAAGAGUCAGGAAAAGUUUACUUGAGAUAAUUGGGCAUUUACUUCCCUGAUCUUGUGUCUUUGAUGACCAAGUGUUUAUUCAGCUAAUGCAAUGUCUUUGCACAAACAUAGUGUCUCUUAUAAAGUAACAACAUGCAGCAGGACUUUCCUAUGUGCCCUGUGCCAUUUAUAGAGUAUAAGCCUUAAGAGUUAAGGAGUAAAAUGUAGUUUUAAUUUCCAAAAAUAAGCUAUAUGAAUAACUGUCCAGUUCUUGAUCCAGAACAUGUACAGCCGCUGCUUCUCGGUGUACAGUUCUCAGUUCUGUGCAGCCACCUAUAGCCAUAAAUUAGUGCUCAUCACAAAUCCUGCAACAGGAAUCACAGCUUCGCGCCAGGUUUGAUGGAGCUGAAUGUUUUUUGUUUUUUUUGUCUGGUUCCGUUGAAUCACAUUGAUGAUGCAAACUGAAUGCUCUCAGUAAAAUCACUGCGAACAUUGAUUGCUCUCUCCUCCCACUUCUAGAAUAAAAUGGAGCAGAGUAAUCGCUUCCAGGUUUUAAAAUGUUUGCCAGAUUUCACUGCCUAGUAGCCAAGGUUAUGUUUGUUAGCCAGAGUGAGAACGUUGGUGUUUAUCUGAGUGGAUGAGUCCAUGUAUGAUUCUGCGUAUGAAACAAGUUUGUGCACAUGUUCUAUGAUGCAUUGUGAAAGAAGUCUGUUUUUAAGAGUUUCACUUUUGAGAUGAAUGAAGAAGUGAAUAAGUGAGUGUUACAGUUGCUAUGCUUUAAUGUUUUUUUGUAUGUCAAGUGCCUUAUUUGUAAUUCACGGUAGCUCUCUCCUGUCUUCAUGCUCUCUUUUUUUCUUUCCUGCCCACAUUGCAGAUAAACAUCUGAGACUAGAAGGUCCUUCCUUCUCAUCUCUCACAGUCCCUUCUUCAUUAAUUACCCUUGUUUUGAACGCACACUCAUUCCACCACCAUGUGUUUUUUUAACUAACUCAGACCAUCCAGCAACCUCUCUGCCCUGUUGAUACAGAUGGAACAGCUGUGUUAAAUACAGUAUUACUUUUUAUUUUGUUGUAUUUUCGUUUUCAUUUAAUGAUGCCUCAGUAUUGUUAUUGAUUAAAAAAGCAAAGAUCAUGAAUCACUACGACAA